AUGGCAUUUGCAAACCGAGAGAGCCGAGCUGAAGCUUUGAAGCAUUAUCAUGUACUUUACGAAGCGCAUUACAGAAUUCAAGCAAAGGAGUCCAAAUCUGGUCAUGCCUAUUAUAGUGGUGCAACAGAUUUGCUAUUACCACAUGCAAUGUACUUCAACCCGAAAAUCGACUGUAUCGCCAUCAUCUACUCAGAUUUUUUUACUGAACCUUCCGAAAUUCACUCUAUGUUCCCAAUAUACGACCAGAAAACUGCUAGGUGUAUCGAGAGUAUUCGAGAGGUCAAAGUAUACCAUUUAACAUUAAAGGAGCACAGAUCUUCUUAUUUGCACAAGAUGAAUAGACUGAUCAAUAUGCUUGAGUGUUUUAAGAGUCUUGAACAUAUCAAGUUGAUCGUGCACCCAGACGAGACAGUCAAUGCCGAUGACCUAUUUGAGAAAGACUAUUAUAACUGGUUUAUCAAGGAGAGUUGGACCGGAAAGGCAAAACUGGAAUUUGUAUGGGGAAAGGAGGACGAUGGAAGUGAAAAAUAUUUCACGAGAGAAUGA